AAAAAGUGGUGAAGCGUCGCAGGCGUAGGGAUCCGGGAUGUGAUUUUACCGAAAGUCAGGAAUUAUCUGUUUUUUGUGAUCUUUUUUAAUCGCUUUUAAACAUUUCUAACGCGUGAAACUGACACGCGUGACAACAUAUAUAUGUGUUUUCUUUCUUUGCGUUCUUAGCGAGACUUAUUUUUUAUCGUUUGGAUUUCGGCGAAAAAGCGAGCCCAAAAACUACUGAAUUUCGGAAAACAUGGAGACAAGAAGGGAAGGACCCGACUAAACCAAAGUUUCCAAACAAACGAUUCCAGACAAGAGGGGAACCGUUCGCUGGAGGAAAAGUUGCUUUGCACAAGUUAGGCUACUUUCAUUUGUUUCUGCUUAAAAACGACGCUUUCUUCCAAACAGAAUUCCUGAAUUGGGAACCACCGCUUGUUGUCCUCCCCAAACAUCAAAGGAUUUAAAAGUUCAGAAGAUUUUGGAGUAGAAAUGUGGCGUUUUUGGAAGUUGGACUAGGUGAAGGAAUUACAAUGAAAGAUCGGAUCAUGUAAACGUUUUGAUCAUUCCGUGGAUUGAAUUUUCACUGCAUCCCACAGAUUGGAUUUGCCAGGAUAACGUUGCAUUCUUUUGGAGAAAAACUCCAUUCAGCGUGUAGGGGGCCUAAAGGAUAUAUAUACACGAAUAUAUAUUUAGUUUACUGACUUAUUUGUUACUAUACUAUUGCGGUUACUGAUUUUUUGUACGUUUUUUACAGUACUGAACAUUCCGCGUAUGGAUCAAGCUUAGUUUAGGAAUGACCGAAUUGGAAGUGUUUCAGUGGGGGAAUGAUAACGUUAGACAACCGUCGGAACGUACAAAGUAAAAUAUCCGCGGAAUGAACAAGGAGCAUUUGGACUAUCGUGAAAUGCAACCGGACAAUUUGUUUCAUACCCAAAGCAGCAUAUGAAUAAAAUACUGCUUCGCUGGAUUUCUGUUUGGGAUUUACAGAGCGACUAGACGGAGGCAAGGUGAAGCCUGUCGGUCUGUGUGUGGUGGGAUUUUGGCUGGGAAAAUGAUGAAGGGUCUUACUAAAGGCUACUAAAGAGUUACUUGCUCUGCAUUGAUCAUCUAUGUGCAAUACGGUCGAGUGUGAAAGACGACUGAAUGUGUGUUUGCAUUUAGCAUCGAUUGCAUUCCCCCGGACUACAAAAACCAAGACAGACAACCCAAGGAAAUAUAAAACAUAAACUAUCUUGUCAUUCACGAGGAGAGGACAUUCCUGUAAACAUAAAGACGAACUAUCAAAGGUUGGAAGUGCUACGCGGUUGUUGUCGUUUUUAUUAUUUUUUUCUUUGAAACACAAAGGUGUUUUACCACGAUAAAAUGCUAAUUGGAUAAGAGCUGAAGAAAAUCAAGAAAGGAAAGCCCAAUGAGCGGCACACAGUCCACGCUUGCUGAGAGGUUUCCCAAAAAAGCGAGCAGGACAGGAAGUAUUCUCAGUAAGGACCAUCCCCCAGACAAGAAGCCUAAGAGCGACAAGGCAUCAGUCCUCCCCUCGCACGAAUUUGACCCCACAGAGCUGCCUGUACAAAGUGUAGUAGUGGAUGGAAGAGCAGAGUCGUGUGGGCUUGUGCAGCGUUGUGUUAUCAUCCAGAAAGAUGAGAAUGGCUUUGGGCUGACAGUCAGCGGAGAUAACCCUGUGUUUGUUCAGCUUGUGAAAGAGGAUGGAGCUGCCAUGCGCGCUGGUGUUCAGACUGGUGACCGGAUCAUAAAGGUCAACGGGACAUUAGUAACACAUUCAAAUCAUGUAGAAGUUGUAAAGCUUAUAAAAUCGGGUUCCUAUGUGGCUCUGACGGUGUUGGGGAGACCGCCAGGGCUGCCUCAGAUCUCCCUGUCGGACGGUGAAGGGGAAGAGGGGUCUCUCUCCUCGCUCAACUCCCCUCAUUCUCCAGGACCCACUGGCCCAGAUCGUUCCUCUUCAUCCCCCAGCCCAUCAGAGCGCAAAGCCGUCCCAUCUGUAUGGGCAAUGACGGAGGAUUACAGCAGGAACCCUACAGCUAAACUACUGAAGGAAAUCCAGGAAAACAAGAAGCACAUCCCACAGCUCCCGGAGCAUCUCAACAAAACCGCUGGACAGGAUGGCUCCUUAUCUCCAAGACCAGGUGAAGGAGUGCUAGAGGAUGGAGGGGGAGAUUUGGAUCGACCCCCUUCCUGGCACGGCGAUCCUGGAACGGAGUCAUCCUGGACCAACAGCACAACAACCCCUGUCACUCCUAGUCCAUUCCCAGAGAGCCCAUGCCAAAGAGAAACCCCCGGCCACAGCCCAAAGACCACACCUCGCGACAGCCUCAACUCCUGCCCUUCACCAGAUGCUGAAGACACGACUGACUUAGACUCUCAGUCAAAUGUGGGAAGCCCCUGCUUGCGUCUGCCCCCUCAGAUCAUCGGUGCUGAGGAUGAUGACUUUGACACAGAGCAUGAACAGAUGAAUGGCCAGUGCAGCUGUUUUCAGAGCAUAGAGCUGCUGAAGUCUCGGCCUGCUCACCUGGCAGCUUUUAUUCAUCAUGUGGUCUCUCAGUUUGACCCUGCACCGCUGUUGUGCUACCUCUACGCUGAACUUUACAAGCAGAGCAGCUCCAAAGAGACACGGCGUAUCCUCAUGGAGACCUUCAUUAUAGAAAAAAAUGCUAGUUUAAAAGUGACAGUACCUGAAUCCAUCAUAGCUGACCUGGAGCGGACCGCACACUCAAAUAACACAGAGCGGAAAAGGCCGGAGCCCAUCUCGGAGGACGUCUAUAGAGAGUACGUCCAGCGGCUGCAGGACACGCUUCUCCCUGACAUUCAGAAACAUCUUGAAGAUUUCAGGCACAAGCGAAGUAUGGGUCUGACACUGGCUGAAGCGGAUCUGACCCGACUGGACACUGAGAGAAUGAGAGACCGGGUGGCUCUGGAAAAAGAGCGAUCCUGUGCAGAACACAUCAUCUCUAUGAUAGAGCAAGUACUGUUGACGCCACAAGCCACAGAGGAAGAUAAGUGUAGCACUAUUCAGUUUGUCAUACUGUCGUAUAUGAAGCAGUUGGGCGUAAAAGUGAAGCACAAGCCCAAACUAAUGAAUCUUUUCCCUAAGAUAAAGAAGAGUAUAAAGCCGGAGAAAGACGGAAGCGAGGACAAACCUAAAAAACAACGAAUUUCUAGUGUCUUCCUUCCAAGACGACCGAGCAGGACUGAAGCCUUUUUACAAAACAAGGUUCCAGAGCUAAGGCAGCGUCUCCAGAAGCCUCAGCUGCCGUUGGGUGUAGGGGAGCAGGGAGAUGCGUCAUCCCCUCCAGUGCGGGGCAGUCAGUCCAGUGAUGGCUCAGAUGGCACCAAUGCCCCGCUCAUGUCACCUCCUUACAGUGCCCCAGCGGCACAGGGCAUAGACUGCAACUAUCGGGAGUCUGACACUGCUGCAGUUCCAUCUUCAGCACUGCCCAGAUUGGGAGCUGGCAUCAAUUCGGCAGACUUGCAGGACUCGUAUCCUGUAACCACUCAUUUUGACUUCAGCCCCUGUACCUUAGAGCAUCUACAGGAGGAGGAGUCUGAGAUAGACAAGACGCAAGACGCUGGCACACCCAGGCCUGACAGGAGAAGGAUGGAGCUGUUGGGCUCUGGAGAAGUUCAAAGUGAAGAUGAUCAGUGUGCUGAGGCUGAGCUGGAGCAUCCCAACUGGCAGACGCUGGUGAGCAAAGACGUUCUGUCCACACUCACCCAUCAGGAAAUCAAGAGACAGGAGGUCAUCAACGAGCUGUUUUACACUGAGAGAGCACAUGUUAGGAUGCUGAAGGUUCUGGAUAACGUGUUUUACCAGCCGCUGACCAGAGAGGCCAUCCUUCCUCCAGCAGACAUCAAAAAUAUCUUCACCAAUCUCGAGGAGAUCGUACAGUUGCACGUGUCAUUAACUGAACAAAUGACAGCCGUUCGAAAGAAGAAUGAGGCAGCCGUCAUUGACUCGAUAGGAGAUGAACUGCUGUCCUGGUUCAGUGGGGAGGAGGAGGAGAAGAUCAAGAGAGCAGCCGGCACAUACUGCAGCAAUCAACCUUUUGCCCUGGAGCUCAUCAAAAGCAAACAGAAGAAAGACCAACGCUUCAACUCUUUCAUACAGGAGGCAGAGAGUAAUCGGCAUUGCCGGAGGUUGCAGUUGAAGGACAUCAUUCCAGUGGAGACACAGAGACUCACAAAGUAUCCGCUUCUGCUGGAGAACAUCGCCAGAUACACAGAGGACCCCGAGGAGAGAAGUAAAGUGAAACAUGCUUUCGAUUGCUGUCGAAAGAUUCUCAGUCACGUCAACCAGGAGGUGAAAGAAGCCGAGAACAAACAGAGGUUGGAGGACUACCAGAGGCGAUUGGACCUGUCCUCACUGAAGCAGAGCGAGAACCCCAUGAUCGCUGAGUUCAAGAGCCUGGACUUGACUAAGAGAAAGAUGGUGCAUGAAGGACCUCUAUCCUGGAAAGUCAACAGAGACAAAACUAUUGAGCUAUACACGCUGUUGCUGGAGGAUAUCUUGGUGCUACUUCAAAGGCAAGAUGAGAAGCUGAUCUUAAAGUGUCACAGUAAGAAUCUGGCAGGCACAGCAGAGACCAAACACAUCUUCAGCCCCAUCAUCAAGCUCAGCACUGUGAUGGUGCGCUCAGUCGCCACCGAUAACAGGUCGUUCUUUGUGCUGUCUAUGUCUGAUAAUGGAGCCCAGAUCUACGAGCUGAUGGCUCAGACCGUAUCUGAGCAGAGGACGUGGCAGUAUCAAAUCACACACCGAGCCGAUUGCAUGAAGACCAAAUUGCACAACAUCAUUCCAUUACCUCAAACCGAUGGUGAACGUGAAGAAGUUGAGUUGAUUAAUUCUGGUGUUCCGAAACUCAACAAAGACUCCGAGCCCAUUCCUUUGGGGAAUAUCCAGCCUCCAGAAAAAGAAAGCACUGAGGUCACGCAAACCCCUCCAGCGAGCACCAACCCGUUCGAGACCAAAUCCGAUGAGGAAGAGGAGGAAGAAAGCUCAUUACAAGAUCAGGGUGAAGAUGAUGAAGCAUUCGUGGUGGCUGAUCUGAAUGACAGACUUAUGUUUCUGAAACAACGCUCCAGGCAGGGCAUCGCCAUAGAUGAGGAUGAGGCCGAGGCCUUCGAGCUUCAGCCGCUCCGAGCUGACGAAGCUCUCAGAACGUUGGCGGCGCUGAGACAGCUGCUGAUCAGGCACAUUUCCAGUCAGGAGGACCCAGAGAGAGAUAUCGAGAGAGGACAGGCACAGGAGGACGGACAGAGGACGAACUCUCAGCAGGGGACAGAGGACAGCACUGCAAUUGGGUCCUCGGUUGAGAAUGGCUCAGAGAGAGACGAGACAAGACGACAGAACCCUCCAGAACCGCCUCCUGGAGACACGGGGUUCUUUGAGACGUCCGAGGAUUGCGGUAGUUACAUGGUGCUGGAGGGUUACGGAGGUUCGGUUGAAAGCUGCACAGAUGAUGAUGUGCAUGGCAGUAAUGGUGAUCCAGUGGCUGGAGGAGACUCUGGCAUUGACUUGAAGAAGCUCCUCUCUUCUUCAUCCCAGAGCAGCGAAGGACCACACAUCAACAGACAGAUCAUGACUCACAUACGUCUACUGCACGCCAACCUGCAGCACCUGAAGGAUAUAGAAAUUAAGUAUAACCAAGUACGCCAAAGGCUAUCAGAGGAAACAGCUACUGACACAGAAGAAAACAAAGAUAAAAGUUAGUGAAGUGGAGCUAUUUUCUUUUUAUUGAGGCUGCAAGAGACACAAAGACACUGGUAGGGCUGCGCCGCAGUCCUCGCGCUUCAGUGACCUCCUCAAAACAACUGAUGCUGUACACCAGAACUGGAGUUUGCAUUCACACCACAUGGAUUCUUACAAUACAGGAUGCAUGCAAGCGAGAUGUUUCGUGGUACUUUGAGAAAGUUUGCCACGUUAGAAAGUUUCAUCGCCUCUCAUUCAACCACAUGUGAGGUUAACCAUCGAUAGGAGAAUUAUUGAACUAUCCGCACCUUGCUGAAGCUAAAGCACAGAUCUGCCAAACAUUCCCUGCAUGAAAUUUAGAGAUCACGGUUUGUUUGAUCGGAUCGGAAAUAAUCGGAUUAAAAUAAAACUUUAGCAUAAUCUUGCCUUAAGGAAAGCACACUAGGUCGUUUUGUACAGAUUUCCUGAUGAUAAGUAGCAUGUGGUGUUAGGAUUUAAACAAAUAUCGACAUCAGUGAGUGGCGUUGAAACUCUCAGACAAAGCUUGACAAUGUGUGGAGAAUACUAACUUAAGCACAAGCUUUUUUAACAUCAGAUGUGCUUGGUUGAAAUGUUUCAUUUAAUGGCAAUGAAGGCACGUGACAUCUGAAGUGGUGGGUGUAACGCUAGUAUCAAGACACAUCAUAAUAAAUGAGGAUGGGCUGAUGAUUGUUGUGCUCUCGCUCUCUCUCCUCAUGCUUUCUCGCUAAAGUCUAUUUAAUAAAGCUACUGAAAAUGUUUUCUCUGGUUUAGGCCCUUGAGAAAACCAGACCUGUAAUGUCGUCGGGUUGGGCCGACGUUGUUCGUAUCCGGCAGCUCGGCCCAUCCGCUCUUUCACGUUUUCUUGGUUUUGAGAAUGAAGACGCUUCAUCGCAGGAACUUGAUAAAGAGACCCGUAAAGGUCCACUUUAAAUGUAAUGUAUUGUAUUAUGACCAACACUGCAUCUCUUUUAUAGAGACCCGAUUGUUUGUUUUUUCAUCUUUUGCUUUCUAAAGCGUUCAGUCAUGUAUUAUUUUAACAGAAACUACUAAAAAAGAAGAAAAAAGACUGCAAGGUAUCCUUUAAUAUUAAUGUAAUCUGUAUUUUUAUUAUUCUGUCUAGACAUUUGAGGUAUUUUAUUAUAUUAUAUUGAGCAUUAUUAUGGUCUUGGCAUUCCGUUGAGAACAUUAAUAGACAAGAUUUUAUUAAAUUUGACUGAAAUUAUGUAUUGUUUAAAAUGGAAAGAUGAUAUUGCACAUUGUGUCUUCAUUUUAUCACAUUUACCUUUUGAGGAUUGUUUUGUUUCGGAUUAUGACCAAAAAGGAAAAUACACAAGUUCAUUUGUAGCAAAUGUAUUCAAUAAACUGGAAACACAA